GAAGUGUGUGUGUUUUAUCACACAGCGCUGUUAAAUCAGUCUAUUAAUGUGUCAGUAUGGGCUCCAGUGCACUGCCGCUCAUCUUGCUGAUGUCCCUCGUUCACUCUGGACUCAGUCAAGUGAAACCUGUAUUGACGGUGACGCCAGAUCAGCGUGUGUUCAGUGGAGAGAGAGUCACUCUCAUAUGUGACAUACCAACAAACAUUCCGUGGAUAUACAGAUGGUUUAGAGAUGGACACAUCAAUCCAUUUAUAACAACACCAUAUUGCAGUUUCACAGCUGAUGCGUCUCACAGGGGUGAAUACAGUUGUAGAGGAGAGAGUUUAUACUUAUACACAGACUUCAGUGAUGGAGUUACACUGACUGUAUCAGAUAAACCGACUCUGACUGUAAAGCCCCAGAGUUCAGUGUUCACUGGAGACACAGUUACUCUCAGCUGUGACGUGGGAAGAUCAACUGGAUGGACUUUUCUCUGGUGGAAAGACGCACACUGGGAAUCCAGUUAUUAUACAAGAACUAAAACUAUCAGUUCUGUGAGAGUCUCUGAUGGAGGACCAUACUGGUGUAGAGCACAGCGAGGAAACUACAACACAGAGAACAGUAAUGCAAUACAGAUAACAGUGAGCGAGAGACCCAAACCUGUAGUGAAGGUGAAGCCUGAUGUCCGUGUGUUCAGAGGAGAGAGAGUCACUCUCACAUGUGACAUACAGGAGACAGGAGUCUGGACGUACAGCUGGUAUAAAGAUCAAGAUAACAGCAGCAGAACAGACCAGAUCUAUCACAGCGCAGGACAACACCAGAUCUAUAUAAUCACAUCUGUGGAUUCGUCUCAUGCUGGUCUGUACAGAUGUAGAGGAACUCAAACUGAAACCCAACAGCACUCAGAGAUCAGUGAUGGAGUUACACUGACAGUAUCAGAUUUACCCACAUCUACAAUGACUGUGACACCAGACGGUCCUGUAUUCACUGGAGAAUCAGUCAAUCUGAAGUGUGUGAUAAACUCUGAUCACAGUAACUGGAGAUAUGAGUGGUAUAAAGACAGUGUAAAGUUACAGAAGUCUGAUCGUUACACUGUAAACAGAGACACUGUCACUAUCAGAAGAGCUACUGAGUCUGAUCAGGGUCAGUACUGGUGUAAAGGACGGAGAUAUGGAAGACCAAACUCAUCAACAUCAAGCUCUGCUGUUUCUCUCUCUGUGAAGGAUCUACAGCCGAAGCCUGAACUCACAUCAGAUCCUGCAGGAGCUGCACUGACUGGAAACACAGUGACUUUGACCUGUCGCAUGAAUCUAACCAGAGACUGGGACAUUUACUGGUACAAACACACACUGAACCCCGAGACAGAGAAGACACAAACACACUCCUACAGCCUGAAGAUUGAUUCAGUGUCUGAUGGAGGCCAGUACUGGUGUAGAGCUGGAAGAGGGAAACCAGUCUAUUACACACAAUACAGUGAUGCACUGUGGGUAAAUGUUACAGUGAGUCCUAAAGCUGUGGUGACGGUACGACCUGAUGAACGAGUGUUUAGAGGAGAAACAGUCACUCUCAGAUGUGAUAUAAAGUGGGCAGGAGACACUGAGUGGACAUACAGAUGGGAAAUAGAGGGAACCAACGACCGAUAUAAAAACACUGUCAGCCGAACCUCAACACAAGAGUUGAUCAUCAGCAGUGUCGAUCUCUCUCACAGCGGUGAAUACACCUGUACAGGACUGAUACACACUCUCAGCUCUCAGCGCAGUGAUGCUGUUACACUGACUGUCUCAGCUGAAGCUCAGGCAUCACUGCGAGUGUCUCCACAGCCGUGGCUGACUGAAGGAGAAUCAGUGACUCUGAUCUGUGAGGUUUCAGGCUCCUCUACAGGCUGGACGUUCAGCUGGUUCAGAGAUCAUGAUCAUCUGUCAGACAGCAGCAGAGGAGCUGGAGGAUCUUACACUCUCAGUCCUGCUGCUCUACAGCACACAGGAGUUUAUACGUGCAGAGCAGAGAGAGGACGACCAGCCUAUUACACACACAACAGCAGCUCACACACACUGUGGCUCACUGGAGUUUCUGCUUCAGUGUCUCUGGUCAUCGAUCCCAGCAGAAGUCAACACUUCUCAUCUCAGUCUCUCUCUCUGAGCUGUGUGGAUCAGAGUAACUCUGCUGGAUGGACAGUGAGAAGAUACACAGACACACACACACAAACCUGUGCCAAACAAACAGGAUCUGGAUGUGUAAUCGACUCUCUCAGCACAUCUGACUCUGGAGUGUACUGGUGUGAGUCUGAAUCUGGAGAGAAACGCCGUCCUCGAAACAUCACUGUACACGACGGUGAGGUGAUUCUGGAGAGUUCUGUUGAUCCUGUGAUUGAGGGAGAGACUCUGACUCUACACUGUUUACAUCGAUCUACAAACUCCCCGAUCUCCAGCGCUGAUUUCUAUAAAGACGGAUCACUGAUCCAGAAUCAGACGACAGGAGAGAUGAGCAUCACUACUGUCUCAAAGUCACAUGAGGGUUUCUACUCCUGUAAAACAGAGAGAGGACAGUCUCUCCACAGCUGGAUCUCAGUCACUGAAGUCUUUAAUGGUCAGAUUUCUGUCUACAAAAUCCUCAGUUUUCUUCUGGCAGCUUCUCCGUAUCUGUUAGCGACAGUCGUGCUGCUUUUCAAAUGUUACAGAGCGAGAGUUUCAUCUGCUGAAGACCAAAGUCAGUAUGCCGUAACAGAGGAAUAAAAUAUUUGACAGAACAAAGUGAUUCCUGCAAUUGUAAUUUAAUGUGGAAUGUACAUUUGUGAUACAAACAAAGGCUAUUGGGGUAUUUUUGCAGAGAAUAAACGAGCCUGACGAAAGACUUUUUAUGUCUUUGUAAACGAGACCCUUAUCAUCU